AUGAAGCAGAAAGAUAUACCAGAUUUGGACACCGAAGAACAGCAGAGAGAGCUGCAACAUAUAGAGACAGGUGUUGAAAAGGGAGAAGAAGAAGAGAAGGAUCUACAAGCAGUAAUGCUUGCUACCAAUGCAAAAUUUCGUGGUGCCAAAGUUCAGGAUGUCUCCAUCCCUACACCAGAUGCUUCCAAGACAUGGAUAGAUGCAUCAAAGUACUACGGGUCCAAGUAUCACUACCCUGAGGACUAUCUUAAGUUUUCUUCCACCGUCGAAGAUACGAGUGGGUGUCAGUAUAACAUGGAUGAAGUUGAUAACGAGUUUCUUGAUACGUAUAAUUCAGACAAAAUAGAUCGAGAUAGAUGCACAGAAGAUGAAUUCGAGAUCUUGAUGUACAAUUUUGAACGUGUUGUCGACAAGAAACAGCCAUAUUUGUCCAUGGAUCCGAGUCAGAUUCUUGGUUUUGCUGAAAUCAAGCAGAUGGCUCUGGUUCAGGACGAAGAAGAUCCAACAUUCAUGCAUAGGCAACUUGGUAAUCAGUUAGGCAUACCUAAUUUCCGUACCUUGCUUGAUUCUGAGCUUCCUGUCGCUCCAAGGCCUCUUCGUCAGCUCUUGGACAAAUUUGGUUCCGACAUAUAUGACCACUGGAAGAAAAGAAGACUUAAUCGAAAGGGCGAGUCCGUUUUUGCCCAACUUAAAUUUGAGGAUCCUUCCCAGCAGCAGAGGGAUGAUAAUGAUCCUUACGUUUGCUUCAGAAGACGUGAAUAUCGCCAUGCUAGGAAAACUAGACGUGCUGAUGUACAAGGUGUAGAGAAGUUGAGGUUAUUGGAUCGUGAUUUCCGCACUGCGCGGCAACUAUUGUUGAUGGUGGCGCAGAGAGAGUUGAAGAAGCAAGCUGAAAUGAGAGCUGAGUGGGGUGUUUUCAAGCAGAGGUGUGCCAUAAAAGAUCUUAAGAGAGAGUUGGGUAUUAAGACAGAAGACAAAGACUUGAUUGAUCAAAAGAAGCGUCGUCUGAAUGCUUUCAGAGUGCAAAGGGCUAAAGAAGCUGCCGCUGCUGCCGAGAAAGAGAGGCUAAGAUCCAAGCAGAAAUCUGAUGGUAAAAAGGGUCAUCAUUCCAAGCGUUCUUUUGCCCAAAGGCGUCUCAAUGUUCCAGAGGGUCCUAAUUCACUUACUGCUCAACUGAGAAGGCAGCAGCAGAAGCAACUCUUAGCCCAGGGAGCGGGAUUGGUUCAAGAAAGCGCAUCGCCUCCUCCUGUUCAACCUUAUGUGAAAUUGCCCAGCGCUAAGAUUCCAGAUCUUGAAAUGACCACAGUCAAUACGGUCUUGAAGGAUAAAUUAGACGGUAUUAAAAAAGCUGUCAGCGAUAGAAUCAUUAAAAGAAAGUUGCAGGACGAGGGAUGGGUCAAUUUCACGGAUGACCCUUAUAAUCCUUUCUUUGAUAUUUCGCCUAAUGGUGAGGAGUUACUUCGGGAGCGGUCUCAUCUUCCGUUCAGUUCGAUAGCUUCUUCGCUGUAUACUAUUGAGGACUCUCGACAGAUUGAUUUCAGUUAUGUUUUCAGCAAUAGCAAGCAUUACAGUAACAAUGAUAACGAAGUCAUCAAAGUGAAUGCUGCUACGGGACAGGUUGUUCGUAACGAUCGGCAUAACUUUAUGCCUGCUUUUUACGAUCUUGCAGGAGAGGAUGGAGAUGAUUUGGAAGAGUAUGGGUUGAAUAAAGGCUCGGCGGAAGAAUCAUUUUAUGAGAAGAAUCGUCUUAAUGUUUCUGAAGUUCUGUUCAAACUAAGGAAAAGAAGAGGGCGGUCCGGUUGUCUGUGGAUUGACCGUAAGCGGAUCACCGAUGAGGAUGAAUAUCAAGCUUAUCUUGAGGAGAUGGAUAUGGAAGAAAACAUUACUGAUUCUGUUGAUACUGGUGAAAAAAGGAAAAGAGUUAAUGCAUAUGAUGCUCGUGGAGGCGCUAAGAGAAGGUUGAGGUCUCGGUUUAUGUUUGACUCCGAUUUACCUCCUUUCAACCCUAUUGAUCCCUCUAGGCUUAACCAAAUUGAUCCACAAACCCAAGAGAUUCGAUUUGGUGCUAUGCUGCUUAGUAAAGCUUAUGAUGGAAUGCACCAGAUUCGCCAGAAGCAGAUGGAGACUUAUCAGCAAAGAAUUCUUUACCAGCAGAAACUUCUUCAGCAGAGACGCCAUCAGCAUCAGCAACUACAACAACAGCCAAAGGCUGUUGAACUUGCCAAUAGUAGUUCGCUCUCGUCUAGGGCCGGAUCCCGCAACUAUUCUCAGGGCUCCGAAAAUGCUCAAAAUGUUUCCAACCAUGUCAAUGGAUCAAAUAAUUCGUUUGCCGCUUCCAAGUCAACUACUGUCAACCAGAUUGCUAAAGAAAUUGUCUAA